AUAUCUAACUAUAUAUAUAGAGCUAUCACUAUAUAUUCCUAUUGACGACUGUUAUUAGCAGCAUUACAAUGUUGGCAAGUUGUGUUGGUAAUUGCGGUCUAAGUGGACCACCACCACCCGACUCUAUAUUAUCGAUGCCACCACCGCCAUUGCCAUCGUUUUUAUUACCAAAAACAUCGGUUAUGGCGGCCUCAACAAACGAUUCGCAUCCGUGUUUCGCGACUUUUAUGUGCGAUCCAAAUCCCCAUCCACGUGAAAGUGGCAUGGAAUUUGUCGAACUAAUCGGUUCUCAUGACGGCGGCUUAGAGAAUACAUGGAUUUUUGUAUUAAUUACCUCCUGCGUAGGUGUUUUAAUUUUGGGCGGUCUAUUAGCCAUCAUUUUGCUUAAGUGUCGCGACACUUUAUUUUCCAGUUGCAAUAUAUCAUAUCAUGAUAGUAACAUCAAACAGGGCACAAUGUCCGCUUUGGGUGAACCAUCAAAAUCAAAUCCUUUUCUCGCUGGCGGUAUUCUUUAUCCUUGUACUUCCGUUAACGGUCGUGAUACCUUGCAAAGUCAAUUGGCUAAUGAUAGUCGCUUAUUAUGGGCCACGUUAACUCCGCAUGGUACGCGUCAUUUUAUAUCGGAUUAUCCAGGCUUUGGAACUCAAGAAGUUACUCCAGGUCAUUAUGAAGUCGUUGAUUAUCGCGCUAAAUCCCAAAAUCAAAAUUUUCGCGAUUAUGUCAAGCGUACACCGAUUAAGUCUUUCGACAACAAUGGCUUUACCGAUUAUGAUUAUGAAGAUCCAACGCCUUUAAUGGAUUCAUAUCACGAUGACAUGGAUUCCGGUUAUCAAGAGCCCCAAGAAGUUAUAGGCUCUAUACAGAGAUCAUCGCCAAGACCUCAUGUCUCGUCACCAACACGCAUCGAUAAUCCAAAUAUUGCACCAUUGAAUUAUUAUCCAAUAAAUACCCGCAGUCAACAAAUCAAUAACAACACCAACACCAGUAUUAACACCAGUACCAAUAGUACAUUGCAACGUCCUAAUAAUUUAAAUUCAACCACAUUAAAUCGUAAAUCGACCUUAAGUCGUCGGAUUAGUGAUGCUUCCUCAUAUAACGGACAAAAUAUUUAAAUAGAGAGAAAGUAAAACAACAACAAAAGUACUAAAAAUGCAAAAAAAAAAUUAAAUAUAAAUUCGAUAAUCUAUUUAGGAAAGGAAAGUGAGACGAAGUCGUGGUUUCUAGCAAGCAAAACAAAAGGAAAUAAGUUAACAUAAAUCCUAACCAAAAUAAUGAAAAAAAAAAAAAAAAAAA